AUGGGGGCCGGUGGGGUUUCCCCCCAAGCCCUGCUGUGGCUCAACCUGUUCAGCUUGAUCUCUCUGGCGUCGCCCCUCAACCCGGAUGACCCCAACGUGUGCAGCCACUGGGAGAGCUAUGCAGUGACCGUGCAGGAGUCUUAUGCUCAUCCAUUCGACCAGGUCUACUACACCCGCUGCACCGACAUCCUCAACUGGUUCAAAUGCACCAGACACAGGAUCAGCUACAAGACGGCGUACAGACGAGGCGUGAGGACCAUGUACAGGCGACGCUCUCAGUGCUGCCCCGGCUUCUAUGAAAGUGGAAACUUGUGUGUUCCGCUGUGCACUGAAGAGUGUGCCCACGGACGCUGUGUCUCUCCUGAUACCUGCCAGUGUGAGCCCGGCUGGGGAGGACUGGACUGCUCCAGUGGCUGUGAGAGUGACUUCUGGGGGCCCCACUGCAGUAACCGCUGUCAGUGCCGGAACGGGGCCAAAUGCAACCCGAUAACCGGAGCCUGCGUCUGCACCGACGGCUACCAGGGCUGGCGCUGCGAGGAGCCCUGCGACGCCGGCUUCUACGGCAAAGACUGCCUGCAGGAGUGCCAGUGCCUCAACGGCGCCACCUGCCACCAUCAGACCGGCGAGUGCCUGUGUGCGCCCGGAUACACUGGAGCCUUCUGCGAGGAGCCUUGUCCUCCAGGUAAACACGGCUCCCUGUGUGAACAACGCUGUCCCUGUCAGAACGGAGGAACCUGCCAUCACGUGACCGGACAGUGCUCCUGUCCCGCCGGCUGGGUGGGUCCGGUGUGCGCGCAGCCGUGUUCCUUCGGAUCGUUCGGCAUUAACUGCUCUCUGGAGUGCACGUGUCGUAACGGAGGCCUGUGUGACCACAUCAGCGGUCAGUGCCAGUGCACCGCCGGAUACAUCGGAGAGAGAUGCCAGGAUGAAUGCCCAGUUGGCACCUACGGGCCGCAGUGCGCCCACAAGUGUGACUGUCAGAAUGGGGCCAAGUGCUACCACAUCAACGGGGCCUGCCUCUGCAAUGAGGGCUUUAAGGGCCCCAGCUGCCAGGACCGCUUCUGUCCCACAGGCCUGUACGGACUCAUCUGUGACAAAUACUGCCCCUGCAAAACUGCAAACACACUAAGUUGUCACCCUCUGUCAGGAGAGUGCACCUGUGCAGCAGGAUGGGCGGGGCUUUACUGUAACGAGACCUGCCCGGCAGGUUACUACGGCGAGGGCUGCAGGGAGCUGUGUGCCUGUGCCAACGGAGCCGACUGCGACGGCAUCACUGGAGCUUGUGUGUGCGCUCCAGGGUACAUAGGGGACGACUGCUCUAUCAGCUGUCCUGCGAGCCUCUACGGGACCAACUGCACCUCCUCGUGCUCCUGCCACAACGAGAUCUCCUGCUCGCACAUUGACGGCUCCUGUAUCUGCAGAGAAGGCUGGCAGAGCGUGGACUGCUCCAUCCCUUGUUCCAGUGGUACUUGGGGACUGAGCUGCAAUCAGACGUGUCAGUGUGCCAAUGAGGCAGCCUGCGACCCCGUCAACGGGACCUGCACCUGCUCGCCGGGCUGGAAGGACGAAUACUGCGACGUACCAUGUCCUGAUGGAUCGUACGGGCUGGACUGCAGAGAGAUGUGUGACUGUGUCAACGCUGAUGGCUGUGAUCCAGUGACCGGCUUCUGUCACUGUCUCGCAGGUUGGACAGGUGUCCAUUGUGACAGUGUGUGCGAGGAAGGACGCUGGGGACCCAACUGCUCCUACAGCUGCACCUGUGAGAACGGAGGCUCCUGCUCCCCAGAGGACGGCACCUGUGUGUGCGCCCCCGGGUACCGCGGCACCAACUGCAGGCGAACGUGUUCGCCUGGUUUCUACGGCCACCGUUGCAGCCAGUCGUGUCCUCAGUGUAUCCACAGCGAUGGCGCGUGCCACCACGUCAGCGGCCAUUGUGAGUGUCUCUCUGGCUUCUUUGGCUCGCUGUGCAAUCAGGUGUGUCCCAGUGGAAAGUUCGGUAAAGCCUGUGUGGAGGCGUGUUUGUGCACCAACAACAGCACCUGUAACCCCAUCGACGGCUCCUGUCAGUGCUACCCGGGAUGGAUCGGCGAGGACUGCUCCAAACCGUGUCCUCAGGGCUCGUGGGGCCCAGACUGCAUCCACACAUGUAACUGUCACAACGGAACAGCCUGUGGUGUGUCUCUGUUUGUUUACAUCCUGUGUGAACAUCAACUUCCUGUCCUUGUUGGCGUGUUUGCUGCAGAGAAGUUGAGUGUCAGCAGAAAAACUUAUAAGUGUGUUCCUCCUCCAGGCUGCCCGACGGGUUUCUACGGCUCGCAGUGUGCCGAGGUGUGUCGCUGCCAGAACGGGGCGGACUGCGACCACAUCAGCGGACAGUGCUCCUGCAGGACGGGCUUCAUCGGAGAGCGCUGUGAGCUCAGCGGCUCUGAUGAUGGAGGAGCUGAACCCUUACACCAAGAUCAGCCCGGCCCUGGCGUCGGAGCGCCAGUCGGCCGGCGCCGUCCUCGGCAUCAUCUUCCUGCUGCUGCUCAUCAUGGCCAUGCUCAGCCUGGUGGUCUGGUUCCGCUACCGGCAGAGAGAGAAAGGCCACCACGUGCCGAGCGUCACCUACACGCCCGCCCUGCACAUCAAUUCCACCGACUACUCGCUCUCAGCAGGGCUGCAGUGUGCAGGGCUGCUCUCCUCUGCAGAGUCCUCUCCCAGUAACAGCACUGUAGGCCGCUGCUUCUCCAACCCCAGCUACCGCACCCUGGGGCCCUGCACCUACGCCGCUCACUACGCCAAGCCAGACAAGAGGAGCUCCGCCAAGAUGAAGAUAAAGAAGCGACACAGGAACAGUGCUCCAGAGUGGGGGGCCUACUGUAACCUUAGUGAACUGGGAGUUUAUUGCAUCGACCGGCGGUAUAGCUACCACGUGGAGCCGCGCUACAGAGACUACAUGAAGGGCUCCUUGUCCAGCACGUGCUCCCUCAACAGUGAAAACCCGUACGCGACCAUCAAUGACCCGCCCGGCCUGUGUAAGCACUCAGAGAGCAGCUACGUGGAGAUGAAAUCGCCGGCUCAUCAUGAACACAUGACACACUGCUGCUCCGCCGCCAUCAUCACCACCACCACCACCACCACCACCGCGCCCGCCAAGAACGUCUACGACAUGGAACCGACCAUCAGUAUCGUCCAGGGAGCCGGCGGCAUGGUGGUUCCCAGUUACCCUCAGAACCCGUACGACCUUCCCAGGAACAGCCACAUCCCCAGCCACUACGACCUGCUGCCCGUGCGCCCGAGCCCCUCUCACAGCCACAGCCCCCCGCUGCCCGGCAGCCCCACCAGCUCGCUGCUCUAGACCCCCACAGCCUCACCCAGCACCCAGACUGGACACUGGACCAGUGCUCCCAGUUCACUCAGAAUCAGGAAAUUGUGAAUACGUUUUUUUUUGGUUGUUACACUGAGCGCACAUUCAGAGUAGAAAGGACAUAAGGACAUGUUUUGUUGGAAUUAUAUUUAUUUAUUUAUUUAUUGUGAAAGAGGGGAGAAUCUCCUUCUUGCAGUGCUCCGACUGUUGCACUGCUGUUUGAUAUUUUAUCACUGUAUUAUAUCCAAACUGUUUUUGUGCCAGUCAAUACUACAUAUUUGUGUUGUAUUGUAAAUUCCCCCUCAUCAACAAAGUGUCAAUGGAGGGAAUAUACACGUACGUAUGCACACAAGUAUUUUUUUUUCUUGGUAUGCGGAUCUCUUUGUCUUUUUUUUUAUACGUCCUGGGAGAGAAGAUGGAAAGUCGAGGACGAGUGGAAAAACAACGUAACUGAUUUAAAUUUCUGUAACUGAAAAAUGCGAUCCAAAGACAAGACUGAGGUCCACUUCACACCUGGAUUAUGUGGAUCUACCGAACUUGUACAAAGAAGAUGGGCAUUAUGGCCUGUAGCUCCGGAGAAAAGGUGCUCAUUACUCUGAUAAACUCCCCAAAAAAAGGGACAAUCUGUGAAUAAAUGCACACAAACUGCAGUCUGGUCAGAUUUACACCUGUAUAGUUCUGGUAUUUUUACACAUCGUUUCUUAUUUCCUGUUUACAUAUUUAAAGAUCCUGCCGGGGAUCCAUAUUUUCUCUUUGUAAAGUUAUCUUUUUGUAUGUACUGUAGACAGAGUGGUGUAUUGGCUGUACACAUACUGUACACUAGUGAUUAUUAUUGUGGUUCUCUUUUGUUGUGUCAAGCUUAAUACACAUGCAUGCCAAAGAUUAUUCAAGAUAUAAUAGUUAGCCAGGAAUACCCUUAUUAUGUUCUUUGGUGCAAACUGAUUAUUGUCAACUGACUGUGUCAACAUGGGAUUAACUCCAGUCUCCAAUCAUUACUGAUUAACCUGAUUGUUUUUUCAAUUAAUUGAUUCAUAGUUUGGCUGAUAAAAUGUCACAAAGUAGUGAAAAAUUAUUUAAAAGACAUUUUUGCC